UGGGUCAUUUUCAAAUGAAUACCUAUAUGGACAGCAUCUGUGGCAGGCUGUAGAAUUACAGGCAAAAAAUUUAGACUUGUCUUAAGUAAUCUGAAUGGGAAACAUGUACUGCAAAUACACUUGCAGUGUACAACACACAUACAACACUUACAUUACUCUAAAUACCCUUACAUUGGAAGUCUAGCAGAAAAGUGGCCAGCAAGCCUUGAACAUUACAUGUGUAAUCAUGAGGUGUUAUAGAAUAGCUUACCAACCCUGUCUGUACAAAUUUGUAACUAAUCUUUCGGUUCAUGCCAUGACCAGCUAAAAAGUAAACCCAAUAUGCACAAGGAUACCAGGAAGUGACAUAACACAUAUAUCAGCUUUAUGUUAAACAUAAAAUAUUUACAUGGAAGUGAAUUAUGCACACUCCAUCCACAAAGAUUAUGAUGGUAACUCAAAACUCCACCUUGAAAAGUCCCACAAGGACACUUUUACAAAAAUAUGAAGUUUCAAAUUUGCUUACCUACUACCACAGUAAGGGCUUCCACAGUAAGCAUUUUUCUGUAUAGUCCCUGUUCUUUUCUUUUUUUACAAACUGAGGAUUGCAUUGAAAUUAUUGUUUGUAGUAUUCAAUAGCAUGUCACUGAUUGUAUCCAUAGACAAUCAUUUGAAAGUAACCCAGAUUUUUCAUUUAAUAACCCUAGAAACAUUUUAAGACAAAUGAGCUGUCUUGCAGUUUUUUUUUGCUUGUUUUUUUUUUUUUUUUUGCCUGAAUCUUCCUUUGCAAGUCAACUCAGUAAAAACAAGGCAGUAUCAUCGCACCACUAAAUUCAUGUAAAGUUUGAAACGUUUGGGGUGAAGAGAAUUUAAAAGCGUGUAUGUAACGCAUCGGAUCCAAAAGCUGAAGGGCACCCCCUCCUCUGUUUUGUUCCUUUCUAUAUCCUCUUCUGAACCUACUUUAGUUUGCUGCCAGUGGAUACUAUCAAGCCCAAGACUGGCAUUAUUCUCAUGUGCACAAUGCUAUUCUGGGUCCAUUUGGAGAGCUAAUGACAGAGGACGACCUUAUCCGCAUUGAGAAGCAGAUUGAGAACCUCCAGGUCAUGCACAAAGUGACAGAAGUGGAGAAAGAUCUGGAACAGCUGGAGCAAGAGUUGAAGCAACUCUUACCUGUGUCUGCAGCUUUGAACCAAGACCACUUCUCUGUCAACCCCAAACAGGUUCAUGGGCAAGCAGAAGACUUGCCAGCCUGGUGCAGCAAGAUCUCCACGCUGCUCAAAAGCAUGGCCAUCUUGCUCGCCACUUUGGGUGGAAAGGAGAUCGAUAUUCUGGAAAUGAUCACUCAAGGAUAUACGUACGAAGGUCUGAAGAAUGGAAAGGGCCAAACAGGAAUCUCAAAUACAGUGGCCUCUGGAAACAUUGGCCGAUCACAAUCAUUCUCCACUCGAGAGGAAGUGGAGAAGGAGAUUAAGCAGUGUGGUGUGUCAGUGAAGAACCUGAAAGCUAAUUAUGAAAUUCAUAGCCAGUCAAAGUAUGAGGAUGACAAAAUGAACCGCAUAUACAAACGUACAAGGUCCUUGCCGGCAGUUAGUGAAUGUAGCUACCCAUCAGAGCCAAUCUUGGAGGAUGAGCUGCUGUUCUCUCUCUGUGAGAGCAACUCACAAGUCGGAGAUGGGUCACCAAUAGAACAAGAUCCAAAUUUACCAUUGGUGAAUGAGGAACCAAUAACACAGUCCCAUGCAACUUUGGUAUACACUGGGCCUGAAAGAACCGGACCAUCUGACUCAGAACACCAUGACCACCCUGACAUCUCUAUGAAUCCACUAUCCUCAGAGCAGCUCACCCGCAGUCUAGAGGUGCAGACAGACCUGAGCUAUGUCCAGGAGUGCAUCGAGAUGCGAAAGGAGAGGAUUGUGUUUCUGUUCCUGGAACACUGGAGAAAGUACACAAUGACUGAAUCCUACAAGUGCUCAGGAAGAGGGAAGACUCUAAGUGUUGAAGAGAAUGACUGUCAUUCCCUGUAUUAUCAGAACCUAGCUAAGCCAGAUGGUACCAUGCAAAUGGAGGAUGACCAACUGCUGUAUUUCAUGAAACAGAGACAGGUUGUGGGAAAUCUUCUUGGCCACUGGAGGACCAUUAUAAGCCAGGUGCCCACGCGACAAAUCCGGAGACUCAGUCGAGCUCAGAUGAUCUACUGGCCUGAGCACUUCCUUCCCCACAUCAACGGGUCACCUGUUCAAUAUGAGAGUCUAACCCUUGACCUUUUCAUGCUUGGCUACUUCCAGCUUCUUGAGAUGAACAUGUCCCGCACUGAGCGGAAGUUCCGCCACUUGCUUUGCUAUGAAAUGUUUGACAGACUUGGCAGUCACCCAUGGGAAGUGAUCCGCCAGUUCCACCGAGAGGUAAUGGAGAGUAUCGAGAAAGGGAAACGUGAUUGGUCAGAUGGAUUUGAGGAUAUCAAGGUGAAGUAUUUUGGUGACUCUGUGGAGGGUGGUGGGCUGCUGGAAGCUGCUGAGCUCAUUCUCCCUCCAGAGGUUCUGCAGUCAUCCGUAAGCAUAUCACAAGCGGCUCCAGCUGACACAAGUCUUUCAAGUAUUUCACCACCAGAUGUCCCCUUUGAACACACAGGGCCAACUUCAGAUGACUGUGCAAUGGCCACCCAGCAGGGCUCUUUAGAAGACUCAGCGGAGAACAUUACAAAUGAUACAGCAAUACAGAAGAGUGGUACUGAAGUUCUGCUACCACAUGAUAACAUUGCAGCACAAGGGACACCACAGUCAGAAAACACAGUAACGCAAGCAACCAUAACAGCUGAAAGCCCGCAGAUGGAAGCCCCACACACUAUCAACGAACAGGGCCCAGCAAAUACCAAAGAGGAGCCCAAUGAGGACUCCAUCAAGCUUAUUUAUGAACUUAAAGAGUUUAGCAAUGAGGAAAUUAUUAGAUAUAUUGAUCGAAGCUUCGCCUUCUGGAAAGAGAAGGAAGCUGAGAUGUUUGACAUCUGACUUAUCAGGUCAAAUUAUUUGAAGGAUGAAACACAAUUAUCAGGAGACAGAAUAAAUGCUUGUGUUAAGCAGAUCAGCAAACAGUUUGGUCACAGGGGCAGUUUACUUUUAGAAAAUGUUCUCGUCUUGAUUGUCAAAAUAAACAAUCAAAUGUUGAGCUUAACUGAAUUUAAGCAACAACCUCUGUCCCGUCAUCAUUUGUCAUCAGACUUCUUACAACCAACUGUAAGCUGUGGUGUAAAAUGUAAAUUUAGACCUCAUAAGUCGAUAUUGAUAUGUUUUGCAAACUGCUGUCAUGCAGAUUAAACAAUAAAUACAUAGAAAUAUCAAAGAAAACACAGCACCUCAUCUCACAGGGUGAAGUGAAUGAAAGAUCACAGUCUUUUUUAGCAGAACAACUUUUCAGUGAGUAUAUAAGUUAUAAACAAUGAAAUAAUGCACACACACUUUAAGUGUGCUAGUUUAUCUUAACAGUGAUAUCCAUCUGUUGAAAGUGCUUUAAAUCAUCAAUUGUUAUAGCUACUUAAGUAAAUAAUCAGCUCACACUUUGAAGCACAAAAUACAUAUUCUUGAAAUCAAAUAAAUUAAAAUGUAAGAUUAUUCUGACCAUUUUUUAAACAUCAUUUUGAUAGAAUUUCAUCUGAUUCAUUCAUCAAAUGAAGCCAUUUGAAUUUUGUAACUUUGGACUGUUGUUUGGUAUUUGUGUGACUUAAAGUUGAGUGUAUCAGAAGAAGACCAUUGACAUAAAUUGCUGUUACAAUAUGUUUUACAUCAUCUGUUUUAAAUGGUUUAUUUUGCAUGUUGCAUAAUUAUUUGGAAAAUAUCAGUAUCAUUUUUUAGUAUAAGAGAGAAUGUGUUCCCUCUUUUCUUAGUGUUCUUGCCCUGUUUGAGUUAAGAACACACAACUCCUAGUUUCUGAACAUAAUCAAUGCUUUUAUUUAUUUAACCAUGAUGCAUUUGUGUAUGAGAAUUCUUGACCUUUUUGUUUAUCUUUCAGGUUGAUUAUCUUUUGAUAGCAGAUGUGUUUGGCAGUGUUGUUUUUAAGAGAUUUUAAAAAGCAGGUGGAUUUCUACUUAAGUUAACUGCGAAGGUUUUUAUUGCCAUUGAUAUUCAUAAGUUUUUUUACACAUAACAUUGGCGUUUAAAUUGUUCAGCUGUUUCAGUUUUGUUCCAUCUAGCCAUGUUUGAAGUGUCAGUUUGAUGGUUUGUUCUUUUUUUUUGAGAAAUAUACACAAAAUGAAAUAAAACUAAAGUUUAUG